GGUCCCGGCCCGCCUCGGCUGGCGUCGCUCCGUCCGCAGCGCGUGAGGCGGCGCGCGGCUCCGUCUGCUGCCCGUUGGCCCUCGCUGGAGACCGGCCCUCGCCCGGUCGCCCCUCUCGGUUCCCGGCGAUGUCCGAAGGCGAAGCCAAGCAGGCCGGACACAACAGCGGAGGAGGAGGCGGCGGCGGCGGAGGCGGCUCCGACCCCAAGGCCGAGGCGGCGGCGGCGUCUGGAGCGGCGGGGCCCGGGAUGACCUCGCUGUCCCCUCCGCUGGCGGCCUCGGCGGCGGCGGCGGCGGCGCAGGAGGAGGAGGAGGAGGAGAGCGAGGACGAGUCGGAGAUCCUGGAGGAGUCGCCGUGCGGGAGGUGGCAGAAGCGCCGCGAGGAGGUGAAUCAGCGCAAUGUUCCUGGGAUUGACAGUGCUUACCUGGCAAUGGACACAGAAGAAGGGGUGGAAGUGGUUUGGAAUGAGGUCCAGUUCUCGGAGCGCAAGAAUUUUAAGCUUCAGGAGGAGAAGGUCAAAGCUGUCUUUGACAACCUGAUCCAGCUAGAACACCUGAACAUUGUGAAGUUCCACAAGUACUGGGCAGAUGUGAAGGAGAACAAGGCCAGGGUGAUCUUCAUCACUGAGUACAUGUCCUCUGGCAGCCUGAAGCAGUUUCUGAAGAAGACGAAGAAGAACCACAAGACCAUGAAUGAAAAGGCCUGGAAGCGCUGGUGCACCCAGAUCCUGUCUGCUCUCAGUUACCUUCACUCCUGCGAUCCUCCCAUCAUUCACGGAAACUUGACUUGUGACACCAUCUUCAUCCAGCACAAUGGGCUGAUCAAGAUCGGGUCAGGCAAGAAAUCCUUGGGCACCUUGGUCCAGGCGAGCUCAGUGGAGCGGAGCAGGUGGAAGCUGGACGGGAACAGGGCCGAGAGGAGAGGUGGCGCUCGUGGUGCAGAGGCAGCAGUGGCCCCAGACACCAUCAACAACCACGUGAAGACAUGUCGUGAGGAGCAGAAGAACCUGCACUUCUUUGCCCCGGAGUAUGGCGAAGUUGCACAUGUGACGACCGCGGUGGACAUCUACUCCUUUGGGAUGUGUGCGCUGGAGAUGGCGGUGCUGGAGAUCCAGGGCAAUGGCGAAUCCUCUUACGUGCCCCAGGAAGCGAUCAACAAUGCCAUCCAGCUGCUGGAGGAUCCCUUGCAGCGGGAGUUCAUCCAAAAGUGCCUGGAGCUGCAGCCCAGCAAGCGACCCACGGCCCGCGAGCUCCUCUUCCACCAAGCCCUCUUUGAAGUGCCCUCUCUGAAGCUCCUGGCAGCCCACUGCAUUGUGGGCCAUCAGCACAUGAUCCCAGAGAACGCCCUUGAAGAAAUGACCAAGAACUUGGACAUGAGUGCAGUGUUGGCCGAGAUCAACCAUGCUGACCGCGAGGGCGUCCGCAUGAUCUUCUCCCAGUCCCCAGCCCUGGAGCUAGACAAGUUUCUGGAGGAUGUGAGGAAUGGCAUCUACCCCCUCACGGCCUUCGGCCUGCCCCGCCCUCAUCAGCCGCAGCAGGAGGUGGUGACGUCUCCCAUUGCACCCCCAUCGGUCAAGACGCCCACGCCAGAGCCUGCGGAAGUGGAAACCCGCAAGGUGGUCCUGAUGCAGUGCAACAUCGAGUCAGUCGAGGAAGGGGUGAAGCACCAUUUGACGCUGCUGCUGAAGCUGGAAGACAAGCUGAACCGACACCUGAGCUGUGACCUGCUGCCCAGUGACAAUAUCCAGGAGCUGGCGGCCGAACUGGUCCAGCUGGGAUUCAUCAGUGAGGCUGAUCAGAGCCGGCUGAGCUGUUUACUUGAAGAGGCCUUCAGCAAGUUCUUCUACUCGCGGAACGGAGCGCUGGCGGCCGUCACCGUCUCCUCCUAAGGGCUGCCCCCAUGCCAGCAGUGCCCGGGCGCUGCCUCCGCAAAGGGCCCCCUCCCCCCGCCAGGCCGCUGCUGCCGCCGCUGCACAGAACCAGCUUGGCUGUGCCUCCUGCAUGUGCCGCAGCCACCAGGAGCCCCGCAGACAAUCGCUGCCACCAUGGGGAGGGGGGGCAGGAGGGAGGGGGCAAGGCGGGGAAGGGGGGCUGUGUGCCUUGUCAGUAUUAUUCCCCCCCCCCCCGGGGCCAGUGGCCUCCCUCUCACCCCGGCUCAACGCAUGGAGUUUUGUUUUGCUUGAAUUGUACAGAGGUUUUUUUUUGCACAGCACAGAGAUGUCUGUCUUGUUAUUUAAGGGGGUGGGAGGGAGGGAGGGGGGAAGAAGAGUGAGGUUGGCUCCUCCCCUGCCCCUCCCCCUCUCUCACAUGCUUUCCAGCCCCACAGUCACCCCCUUCCCUGGCAGCCUCACCCUCCUCUGGGCGGCUCCUUUUCUCCCCCUUGCUUGGCUGCCCUUCUUGCCCUGGGUUGUGCACCUCCUCCUGAGCCCUGGAGAAAGUGGGUGGGCAGGUGGGCACAGUGCCAUGAAUGCCGCAGGUGCAAGAGGCAGCCAGCAGCUGGCCAGACACCGCCCCCCCCAAGAGCUGGGUUCCCCUCCCUCCCCCUCCCCAACAGGGCUGGGGCCAGUUGCUCAGCGACGGGCACCCAUUCCCAUCUCCAGAGCUGAGGCUGCUCCAAGUGUUUGUUUCUGUUCCUAUUUUUAAUAAACUGUUUUGUAAAUAA